AUGCAAAAAUCGGGCAGCACGGUGGAGGACGGACAUUUUGAGAACUGGACCGGUGCUCGGACAUUACAGGAUGUUCACAUGGAGCUGUUCACUGGCUUGCAGAGGCUAACUGUGACCAGCAGCAGCCUACAGACAGUCCAGCCAAGUGAUUUCUUCAACAACCCACAACUGAGUUACAUAAACCUGUCCAAGAACCCCAUGUUGACGACUUUGUCCUGGAAGAGCUUUGAAAACGUCCAACUCAUUGAACUACAUUUAGAAGAUAUGACCUUUGAUUGUGGCUGUGAGAUCCGCUGGCUGCAGCUAUGGCAGCAAAGAGAUGCUAUGGGGCUAAGUAGCCAACAGAUAUAUUGUUCCAACAGCUCCCAGAAGAUACCUCUGCAAGAAAUGAACAUAAGCAAUUGUGACCUUCCAGAAAUUACCAUGAGCCACAGCGUCAUUACAGUGAAAGAGGGCGAAAGUGUAACAGCGACAUGUAAUGGAUCUGGAUCCCCAUUACCUGAGGUUGACUGGCCUAUUAGCGGGUUACACACUUUAACAUUACAAGAGGCCAGAAUCUACGACAACAGCACCGUUCGUUCUAUAAACAUCACUUUGGUAAACGUAAGCAGAGAUGAUAACAAUUCCCUUUUGACCUGCGCAGCCACCAAUGUUGUAGGCACAACCAACGCUUCCAUUCAGCUUAUUGUCCACUUUUGUCCUUCCAUUGUAAAUCUUAAGGAGCCAGAGGGUCGCCAUGAUACAUGCAUCGAAUUCACUGUAAGAGGCUCACCCGAGCCAACAUUAAGAUGGUUCCACAACAAUGAGGAAAUAUCGCAUACUGAGUAUGUGCAUCCAGAUACAGAUAGGUACAAUGACUACAUAGAGGGAUGCCUUACAUUCAAAAACCCAACUCAUCACAACAAUGGCAACUAUACACUGCAGGCUACAAACUACCUGGGUGUGGUCAACAGCACUGUUCAUGGACACUUCCUUGACAAGCCCUUUGAAAAAGAGGAAACAGAUUAUGAUUAUGUCACCUCAACAACAGAGACUCCUGCCCAACAUGAUGAUACCUUUUGGGUUUCUAUAGCAGUCGGACUUGCAGGGUUUGCUAGCGUCACGCUGGUGGUUAUCUUCCUCUUCAAUAAGUGUGGGCGAAAUUGCAAGUUAGCCAUCAAUGGUCCUGGUGAGGAAGACUCUAGCAGCCCUCUUCACCAUGUCAAUCAUGGGAUUAUGGGCCCGUGCACACUGGAUGGUGGACUUGAUGCUUUGAUGAUUGGAAUGAACAGGAUUCCUAUUAUAGAGAAUCCACAAUACUUCAAACAUGGAUACACCUGCAAUAAACCCACCGCAUUUGUUCACCACAUAAAACGGAGGGACAUUAUUUUACAAAGGGAGCUGGGAGAAGGAGCAUUUGGCAAGGUCUUUCUCGCUGAAUGUUACAAUCUGAGUCCCACUAAAGACAAAAUGCUUGUGGCUGUAAAGACUCUGAAAGAUUCCAUGCUAUCAGCCAGGCAAGACUUCCAACGGGAAGCUGAACUGCUGACCAAUCUCCAACAUGAACAUAUCGUAAAGUUUUAUGGCGUAUGCGCUGAAGGAGAUCCACUCAUCAUGGUCUUCGAGUAUAUGAAACAUGGGGAUCUGAAUAAAUUUCUCAGAGCCCAUGGGCCAGAUGCCAUGAUCCUGGUGGAAGGACAGCCCCUGCAGACUAAUGGGGAGUUGGGUCUGCCCGAGAAGCUUCACAUCGCCAGUCAAAUCGCUGCAGGAAUUAUCUACCUUGCAUCGCAACACUUUGUGCAUCGAGAUUUGGCUACAAGAAACUGUCUGGUGGGGAAUGGCCUCCAGGUGAAAAUAGGAGACUUUGGCAUGUCAAGAGACAUAUACAGCACAGAUUAUUACAGGGUGGGAGGUCACACGAUGCUGCCCAUUCGAUGGAUGCCCCCAGAGAGUAUCAUGUACAGGAAGUUCACCACAGAGAGCGACGUGUGGAGCUUCGGAGUUAUUUUGUGGGAAAUAUUCACUCAUGGCAAACAACCAUGGUUCCAGCUGGCCAACAAUGAGGUGAUUGAAUGUAUAACUCAAGGCAAGGUUCUGGAGCACCCACGGCUCUGUCCCAAAGAAGUCUAUGACGUGAUGCUUGGCUGCUGGCAGAGAGAACCACAACAGCGUCUUCACAUGAAGGAAAUUCAGAAGACUCUGUUAUUGCUAAUGAAGGCCACGCCGGUUUAUCUGGACAUACUUGGUUAGAAACAGAAGCACUUGAAGAGGAAUGAGAGUACAAGUGUACUGUGUAUUGUGACAACACACACAAAACUGGUUGUUUUUCAUAUCAUAGUGCCACACAUUGUGUACUAACACUUUUAAUUUCAGUUGAGUUUGCUGGGAAAGAAUGUUUAGCUGCCACCUCAUACUAAAACUUUUGUUUGAUAAGUUCUUAAUAAUAAUGGAUUUGAUUUAAACUUUAACACUUUUGUUUUUACUCCCAUCUUUCAGGAGUGAAACUUAAAUAUCUUAACAUUGUGUGGCCACAAAUUGGAGCAGUAGAGUCCCAUGAACAAUGCUCCAACUUAAACAUAGGCUUUAUGGUUACCGGUUAAGCCAAUAUUACAGGAGGACAACAAGAUGAUUCAGUACAUGACCAGCUUUCUGCAAUCAAAGUGGGUGGGUGUCUAAAAAGCUGCUUGGCUGAAACGAUAUCACACCGGUCAGAUCAUAAAGUUACAUUACAAAUUAAGGUGGUAUUGCUGAGGUAGAGAAGCAAGCUGAAAAGAACACACCUUUCACAGAAACACAAUGCUGGCAUGGCCAAGAAAGCCACGUAAAAAAGCAGGAAAGAAGAAAUUAUUAUUCAUUAUUUAACUGUGGAAGCCAAAGUACUUGUUGUCAAAUAUUUCGAUAAACUGAAUAAAUAUUGAAGAUGACGUCAUCCCGACCACAAAGUACUAAAAGACAAAGAUUUGAUGCAGCUUGAAGUCUACUCUAAUCCGACUCAUUCAGAAUGAGUUUUUGUUUGUAAUGUCUUUGUUUUUCUUAUCUUUAUUGAAAGUAUUCAAAGGUAAAGAAUCUGGGUAUUAUCUUUGACCCAACUCUCUCCUUUGAGUCACACAUUAAAAGCAUUACUAAAACGGCCUUCUUUCAUCUCCGUAAUAUCGCUAAAAUUCGCUCCAUUCUGUCCACUAAAGAUGCUGAGAUCAUUAUCCAUGCCUUUGUUACGUCUCGUCUCGACUACUGUAACGUAUUAUUUUCGGGUCUCCCCAUGUCUAGCAUUAAAAGAUUACAGUUGGUACAAAAUGCGGCUGCUAGACUUUUGACAAGAACAAGAAAGUUUGAUCAUAUUACGCCUGUACUGGCUCACCUGCACUGGCUUCCUGUGCACUUAAGAUGUGACUUUAAGGUUUUACUAAUUAAGUA